ACCUGGGGACUUUUCGCGGCCGUCCAGCCUGCGUGUUAUACAAAUGUCGCUCUGCCAACGAAACGGUCGGAUGUUUUCGUCGCGCCUGGCGUCAGGAAGUCUCGCAUGCCCGGUCGCGUCGUCUUUGCGCAGCGUCGACACGAAUGAUAGGCGCGCCUGACUCCUCGUCGCAUCAUGUUCAUCAAGCAGGUGAUCAUCCAAGGAUUUAAAUCGUACCGCGAGCAGACGGUCGUCGAGCCUUUCGACCCGAGGCACAAUGUAGUGGUUGGCAGAAAUGGAUCCGGCAAGAGUAACUUCUUCUAUGCCAUUCAGUUCGUACUGAGCGAUGAGUUCUCUCACCUCAGACCGGAGCAGAGGCAGGCGCUGCUGCACGAAGGGACGGGGCCUCGUGUUAUAUCUGCCCACGUAGAAAUCAUAUUUGAUAACUCCGAUGGGAGAUUGCCGAUUGACAAAGAUGACAUUUUUUUAAGAAGAGUGAUCGGAUCCAAGAAGGACCAAUAUUUCCUCAACAAAAAAGUCGUGACGAGAAACGACGUGAUGAAUUUGUUGGAGUCAGCAGGAUUUUCUAGGUCCAAUCCGUACUACAUUGUGAAGCAAGGAAAGAUAAACCAAAUGGCAACGGCACCAGAUUCGCAAAGAUUAAAAUUGUUACGGGAGGUGGCAGGUACGAGGGUAUACGAUGAUAGAAGGGAAGAGUCAAAAUCCAUUUUGAAAGAAACGGAAGGGAAGCUGGAGAAGAUCGAGGACUUUCUGCGAACAAUAGAGGAGCGUUUAAAGACGCUCGAGGAAGAGAAGGAGGAAUUGAAGGAGUAUCAACGUUGGGACAAACAGCGUCGUUGUUUAGAAUAUACGAUCCACGAACGCGAACUUAAGGAAAAUAAGAGAAAAUUGGAAGAGCUGGAGGAGUCGAGGGCGAAUAGUGGAGCCGAACAGGCGAGAUUGGGUGCGGAAGCAAAAACGGCCCAAGAGAUGGUACGCGCCGCUACAAAGAGGCUAAAGGAAGCGAAGAAGGAAGUGCAGUCUGCCAAAGAAGAGAGAGAUACACUUAGUGCAGAGCAGCAGCAAUUACUGAAAGAAAAGAACAAGUUGACUUUUACCAUUAACGAUUUGUUGGAGGAGGUAAAAGGUGACAACGACAGUAAGAAACGCGCCCAACAAGAGUUGGAAAAGUUAAAAGCUAAUAUUGCUGUUCGGGAAGAUGAGUUAAAAUCUCUUAAGCCGGAGUAUGAACGAAUGAAACGCGUCGAGGAGGAGUGUACGCGAGAAUUGCAAUUAAAAGAGCAGAAACGUAAAGAAUUGUAUGCUAAACAAGGCCGUGGCAGUCAAUUCACUACCAAGGAUGAAAGGGACAAGUGGAUACAGAAUGAACUUAAACAGCUGACGAAACAGAUAAAAGAUAAAGAAGAGCACCAGAAAAAGAUAAGCGAAGAUUUAAAAUGUGAUGCGGAAAAACAGAUUGCCUUGGAGAAGAAAAUAGGAGACCACACGCGCGAGAUGGAACGACAGCGUGCGUCAAUAGAUGAUCAUAACAAACAAUAUUAUGAGCUCACAAAGUCGAAGGAUCAGUGUCAAGCAACUCGAAAAGAACAGUAUCGACAGGAGAGUGUGUUGCAAUUAAAUUUAUCUGGUCUAAAAGAAGAUUUGGCGAAAGCAGAUCAGAGUCUAAGAUCCAUGGCUGGCAAGCCUAUUUUAAAUGGCAGGGACAGCGUACGCAAAGUACUAGACACUUUUCGUGGACGGAGAGAUAUGGCUAAUGAAGUGAGCAGCUACUACGGGCCUGUAAUUGAAAAUUUCAACUGUGACAAGAGCGUUUAUAUGGCUGUUGAAGUAACUGCUGGGAAUCGACUGUUCCAUCAUAUUGUGGAGACCGAUAAGUUUGGCACGAAAAUUUUAAAAGAGAUGAACAAUCAGCGAUUACCAGGAGAAGUAACGUUUAUGCCACUAAAUAGGCUCCACGUAAAGGACAUUGAUUAUCCGCAAACCUCCGAUGCUAUACCUAUGAUAUCAAAGUUGAAUUACGAUCCCAAAUUUGAUAAAGCACUAAGAUAUAUAUUUGGAAAGACUUUGAUCUGUCGUAAUCUGGAGGCAGCGACGACUUUGGCGCGGGAUUCCGGUUUAGACUGUGUUACCUUAGAGGGAGACCAGGUUUCAUCCAAGGGCUCCUUAACUGGCGGAUAUUUCAACACGCUGAGGUCACGACUUGAGAUACAAAAGACAAGAUCGGAAUUAAUGUCACAGAUUUCUACUCUCGAGACCCAAUUAACGACGCUUAAGGAGGAAAUCAGAAAGGCGGAUCAAAAUAUUAGUUCUUACGUUAGCGAAAUGCAGAGGACUGAAACCAGAAAUAGUAAAGCUAAAGACAUAUAUGAUAAAAUGAAAGCAGAGAUACGUCUUAUGAAGGAAGAAUUGAGUGCUAUAGAAAGGUACCGCACGCCAAAAGAAAGAAGUCUUGCACAGUGCACAUCAAAUUUGGAAGCAAUGCGCGCGACUAAAGAUGGCCUGGAGAAUGAGUUACAUCAAGAACUUAUGGCGCAAUUAUCCGUUGCGGAUCAGCAUCAGGUUGACACUUUAAAUGAUGACAUAAGACGCCUAACAAAAGAGAACAAAGAGGCGUUUGCAAAACGAAUGCAAUUAGAAGCUGAGAAGAAUAAGUUGGAGAACUUGUUAACAAACAACUUGGUGAGAAGAAAGGAUGAGCUAGUUCAAGCUCUGCAAGAGAUAUCUGUUGAAGAUCGACAACGGCAGCUUGACUCGUCAAAGAUCCAGUUGGCGGAUAUCGAAAAGAGACUGGUGAAAGUAAAUGAGGACUUUAAAGCACAAAAUGAAAAAGUGACCAAUGCCAUGAAGAAACAAAAAUCAGAGUCUGCUGAAGUCGAGAAAUGGAAAUUGAAAGAAAAAGAGGCGCAAGAGAAAAUAGAAGCAGACGCGAAAGAUUUAGAGAAAUUAGCAAGCAAGUUAAAUAUCUUGCAGCAGAAAAUAGUAGAAUGUACACAGAAGAUCACUGAACUCGGCGCAUUGCCUAGUCACGAGGCUUAUUCUAGAUUUAAUACAAUGUCGACGAAACAGCUUUUUAAGGAAAUGGAAAAGGCAAAUAAUCAUUUGAAAAAAUAUAGCCAUGUGAAUAAAAAGGCUUUAGAUCAGUUCAUGUCCUUCAGCGAUCAGAAAGAAAAAUUAGUUAAACGGAAGGAAGAGUUGGACCGAGGUGACGAGAAAAUAAAAGAACUCAUGUCGGUACUUGAACAACGCAAAUGCGAAGCUAUACAGUUUACAUUUAAGCAGGUGAGCAAAUAUUUCAGCGAAGUAUUCAAAAAGCUUGUACCUUCGGGGCAUGCACAGUUGGUCAUGAAAACUGCAAACGGCGAUGAAGGAGAUGAUGGCACAGCAGAGUCAGAUUCUGAUAGAUUUAUUGGCGUAGGCAUAAAAGUGUCAUUUACGGGACACAGAGGUGAGAUGCGAGAGAUGAACCAAUUAUCCGGUGGACAAAAGUCACUCGUAGCGUUGGCCCUGAUAUUCGCAAUACAAAAGUGCGAUCCUGCACCGUUUUAUUUAUUCGACGAAAUCGAUCAGGCGUUAGACGCGCAACACAGAAAAGCGGUAGCGGACAUGAUUCACGAACUUAGUUCUGACGCCCAGUUCAUUACCACGACAUUCAGACCGGAACUGCUGCACCAUGCGAACAAAUUUUACGGAGUAAAGUUCAGGAAUAAAGUUUCGCAUGUCGAAUGCGUGACGCGGGAAGAAGCGGCCGAUUUCGUCGAGGACGAUACAACGCAUGGUUGAAAUAAGAAUAUUUUAUUUAUGAAUUCCACAAUCAGAAAAUUUCUUAUUGUCUUCUUUCUUCGUGCAUUCAGGAAAUAAUACACAUAUACACAUACACAGACACACGCACGCGCACGUAUAAACGGAUCAAUUUUUACUGUGAUCUCCGUUGAGAUUGUCUUCACAUUUAUAGCUUUUUUUUUUUUAAAGAUACUUUACGGUAAGGAGAAAAUUUUUAUUUUUUAUUAUACAAUUUGCAGAAAUUCGUACAGAUCAUCGCAGUGUGCGGCAUAACAGAGUUAUGUUAUAUUACGAAUUCUAAUGGAGAAUAAAAUGAAUCAAUGUUUAAUUUAAUAUAAUAUUUGUUUUGCAACAGAUUGCUUAUUGUGGAAACAUUACAAAAUAUGAUUAUUGAAUUUUGGUAUAUAUAUAUAAAAACUGUUUUUUAUAUUAUAAUAUAAACUUUAUAGAAAAAUAAAAGAUAACUAUGAUAAGAAGUACAGUAAUAUCAAUUUGUGACGAAGUCGUAGAAUGGUCGUAUCCCAUAAUAAUCAGCAUAGUUUUUUAAGUAGAUAUAACAGAGGUGUUAAAUAAGGACAAUAAAUAUUCCCAAGU